GUUAAUAUUGCUCCGGAUGUGGUGUAAAAGAUAGACUGAACACAAAGACAUGAUGAGUUUACUUUCACCAAAGAUGACGGCAAAACGACCGUCUGCAGCAGACACGAUUUUCCCGCCAAAGAAGCGAGCACUUUAUGAACACAUGAAGCUUCAUGGGAUUGAUAAAUUUACAACCAAUGGGAUCACAGCAGAUGGUAUCCUAGGUUAUCAAGAAAAUGUAGGCAUGUAUGGGAUGAAAAUUCCAGUAAACAUAGAAAUAGCACAGUCUGAAAACUUCUCCCGGUCUAGAAGUGACUCUUUACACUCACACGUGUCGUCGAAUAGUGAUAACACAGAAACCGGAUCAGUCGGAUCUCGAGAAACUUCUCCGUGUACCAUCCAGUCUAUGUUUGACCAUCAUACUCCUGAAAGAAAUCCAAUUACCUCCCUUGAUGGUUUAAAACCAGACAUUUCCAAACCUCUUUUUCCGCCCAGUGACAGUGAUAAUUCUACGGUGGGCAGUGACGGCCAUUUAAGUCCAGAUAAUUCAUUGUAUGGAGAGCAAGAAGAAACUAAAUCAGAUAAAUAUGAAAGGGAAGUAACUCAGAUUGAUAGUGAGGGGCAGACAGAUUUAAAUAGCAUUCCAGAAAACACUGUUGAAACAUUCCAUAAAAAUGAAGCUAGUAAAAAUGAUUCAUUCCAAAAAGAGAACAUUCCUGACAUGGGACAUGGAGAAUUGAAGGAAAAUGGAACAUCUUGUCGUGUUGAACAAGCACGUAAUGAUGAAUAUAUGGGUCCGAUGGUAUCACUGUUGAAUCGCUUUAAUGCUGAAGCUGUUCAGAACAAUAUAGGUGUAAAGAUAAAGGAACAAUUCUCAUUAGAGAAAAUGAGAAACAUUGUGCCGUCAAAUUUAUCAACAAGACAAAGCGCCAUUGGGAAUUACCCUCAUCAGCAAUUGGAAUCCUUGGAUGACAUUCAAAAUAAUGUAAAAACGUAUAUUGUGACCAAUAAAGUAAACAAAGCUCCGAUUGAAAAGAGAUACUGUCAUUUGUGCAAUAAGGAAUUUGCAUCAAGGGCUAAUCUGCAAAGUCACAUGAAAGUACAUGAAAACAAAUCGAUACCGUGCUGGGUGUGUAAAGAAACAUUUCAGACCGCUGAGAAUCUUAAUGUGCAUAUGAAGAUUGAACACAAGGGAGAGAAUCCAUACAAAUGUGAGCACUGUUCAAGGGAGUUCACUCAGUUCAAUAACCUCAGACGACAUAUGCGAGUUCAUCGGGAAAAAGUUUUUAAAUGUAAUUUGUGUAAUCGCGAAUUUAAUGAGGAAUUUUAUCUAAAAAUGCAUAUGGGGACACAUACAGGAAAGCGCGUGUACAGUUGUGGUGUUUGCGGUGCAAGUUUCCCAUCCAGUCACGAUCUCAAAAUGCAUGUAAAAACACAUUCUCCAUCUUUGCUUCAUACAUGUGACGUAUGUGGAAAGUCUUUCAGUAAAGCAUGUGUGUUACGGCAACAUAAAAAGGGGCAUUCAGGGGAGCGUCCCCAUAAGUGUGACAAAUGCGAAAAAACGUUCAUACAUCGUCAUCAUCUCACUAUGCAUAUGAAAUCUCAUGUUGACGAGAAACGUCUAAGUUGUGACAUUUGUCAGAAAGAGUUCUCACAACACAGUCAUCUAUAUAAACAUUUAAGGGCUCAUGAAGAGAUGAAAAAGUAUGGCGUUGAUCUAGAAUCUGUUCAGAAGGUGAAAAAUGAUAACCAUGCAAGUGUGGAGAAAAAGAAUGUUACCAAAGAUCCAAGUAUCGUUUCAAGACCAAUGCCAAAGGUUGUUCUCAAUACUGAUAGUGCUUCAUUGAAUGAUGGAGAAGCGGAAAAAAGUGACAGACCAGUAAUUACAAAUGUUUUUCCAACAAGUGGUAAAACAACUAAACAGAGAAGACGUAACGUUUCGCAGCAUUCUCAGCUUCAGAAUUCUCGUCCAGUUCACACUUCAUCGCCAUCUCCUGACCAUAACAAACCCCUGCCAUCUUUGUCACAAACAUUCAGUCAUCACUUAGGUAGAUAUCCCAGCAUGCCGUAUGGUCAAAGCAUUCCCCACAAUUACCUGCCUGGUUCCCCAGCUCAGCCAUUCUCACCAUUAUACAACCCUCUGCUCAGAAAUGGGGUACCAGCAGAGCUACAUGGGUACCAGUCUUAUAAUCAUUUAUAUAGAAACUAUUCAGAACAGGUGCAGACGUACUAUAACAAUAUGUACAUGAUGAACUACCUCUCCCAGAAUGCAUUGCUUCAAAAAACUCAAGGUGAAGGUCAGAAUUCCCAGAAUGCAUUGCUUCAGAAAACUCAAGGUGAAGGUCAGAAUUUUAAAAAUGGCGAAGAUAACCAGCUUGAAAAACUCAGUGAAAGUAGAAAUAUGCCUAGCUUAAAGCAAAAUCCCGGUUUAUUGCAGCCAAAGGUUAUAAAAGGAAUUGAAAGUCUGGAAAGAGAGAAAGCUUAUAAUGAGAAAGAUGAAAAGUCUGAAUUUGAAAAUGUUGCAUCAGAAAAUGAAGAACAUAGUGACUUGGAUAUUGUAAAUGAAAUAGAUGAUCAUGAAAAGGAAAACAGCCAAGAUAUAAACAAAGAUAUUGAAACUAAUAGUAAAGACAAUACUGUUUUGUCAGAGGAACAUGAAAUUGCUCAAGAAUUGUUGAAAAUGUCUGCAGGGACUAAAAUGAUAGAAUCAGAUGUAGGUGGGAAAAGUGUUCAGUUAACGAAAGAAGCAGAGAUUCCUGUGAAAGACAAUCAGAUAAAUGGAAUGAAGUUCACACAUUGUAUUAAUGACAUUAUUGAAAGGACUGUAAGAAAUUGUAAUAAGUUGCCAGGAAACAUUCACGUUUUAAAUUCUCAAAAUAUUGCAAAUGAGCAGUCCAAUUUCAGUCCAUUUCACAGUGUUUCAAAGUCAGAUGAACAUCUACAGGUGACUAUUCCAAAAUCUGUUGAACAACUGUUUCCAGUAGCAUUUUCAACACGCCAAUAUGGGGAAUAUUGUUCGGGACCCGAAGAAUCCCAACGAGAUUUAAAAGCAAGAUUAACAGAUGUGAAUAAAAUUGGUGAUUGUCAGACAAGCCCACUUCAAAAACUGAAAAUGUUUGUGACAUCGGAAGAGAAAGAUUUUAACAAGAUUGAGUCAGAAGUAGAUGAAAGUAGAAAAUAUGAUUCACUGUUAAAUAGUUACAAAACGGACAAAAUUGAGCAACGACUUGAAGCUGCGAACAAAGAGGAUUAUUAUCAUGAGAAGUCCGAUCAACUUUUAGAAACUGGUGAAAAUGUAGGUAAACCAAUGAAAUCAAAUAAUGAUGAAGUUAAUAAAGUGCAUAGUGAAGCAAAGAAUGUUGACACUAGUUUAGAAGUAAGACUUGAAAAGAUAAGACAGUUUGCUGACAUUGGAAAGAGGUUAGGGAGAUCAGUUAAUAAAAAUGAAAUUGUAGGAAAUAGAGAAAACGAGGUGACUACUGAGCUUUUUGAAGGACAGGAAGAUAGUUUUGUAGAUGGUGGAAAUGAAAUCAGGGAGAUGGAAAAUCAUAAUGAUGAAAUUAGGGAAGACAAUCCAGUUGAUGUUGUUACCACUGUUGGUUAUUUUGAUGAUAGUCUUGAAGAUAGACAGCUUGAAAUUGUUGAGAAUGCGAUUAUUAGAGAUGAAGAAACUGGAAAACAAAGUCAAUUGAAUGCAACUGAAAAGGAAGAAGAAAGUGAUGGAAAGUUGAAUACCUCAGCAUCAGAACGGUAUGUUUUUACAGAAAAUGAAUUUUUGAGCCAUAUUUCUCAGAUGAAUGAUGUAAUUGAGGAAAAUGAUGUGGGUAAUGUUAAAGCUACAGAAGAAAUUAGUGAUGAAAAUGAAAUAGAUCGAAAAAUUGUAGAUAAAAUUAUAGUUGAAAAUAAAGAAAAUCUUUUUGAUCCUGUAAGAAGUCACAAAAUGAAUGCUGGAAUGAAUGAUAGUGUUUUUAACACAGGUGGAAAACAAGAUUUCAAUAAGUCAAACGUUGAAAAUUAUAGAAUAGGACCAUAUGUGAAAAGUUUAGAUGAAAAUAAUUCUGAAUAUGAAGCAGUUGAUCUAAGGACAGAGGUAAAAUCAGAUGAAUCUAAAGUAAGUGAAGACAGUCAUAGUGAAAAUGAUGCUUCAAAAAGAGUUGAACAAGAAAACAUACCAAUGGACUUGAGUAUGAGUGGAAAAAGAAAACGUGAAUCGGGUGACCAAAUUGAAAGAAUGGAAACAAAUAAAGUAGUUGGUUCUCCAGUCUCAUUAACUUGCGGGCUGUGCUGGAGGACAUUUGAAAGUGUUCAACUGCUGGAGUCACAUCAGAUAGAGCAUGCAAAAAAUAUUGGAAAUACUUGUAACAUUUGUAAGAAAUCUUUCACAGGUGCGUUUGAACUUCAGUGCCAUAUGUUGAAACAUAGAAACAUUAAGACGUCCAUCCUGAACAAAGUGAAAUCUUACGUGAGUAGAAAGUCUGAAAUUAAUGAAAACCUUGAAUCGAGUUUGAUUGAAAAUGUUAAACAUGCUCAUAGCUUGAAUGUGAUCGAAAGGGAAAGUUGUGAAAUUUCACAAAGUGAAAUGAAAAACGAAAGAAGUGAAAUGGGAGAAACGCAAUACUGUUGUCAAUUCUGUGACAAGACUUUCGACCAGUCAGAAGAAUGGGUUGAACAUCUUAAAACCCAUAAUGCAACAGAUAAACCGUACACUUGUAACAUUUGUCGUCGAGGGUUUACGCAUAGGCAUAAUCUGAACCGCCACAAAAUGUCGCACAAUUCGAAGUCGUACCAAUGCAAUAUAUGUAACAGAUCAUUUAAGGAAGUCUUUUACCUACAGAUGCACAUGAAGGCCCACGAUGAAGAAAAUUUUCAUAAAUGUCAAAUAUGUGGACAAAAUGUACGAAAGUCAGAAAUAUGGCAACACACUAGUCAACAUCUUGGGAAUGUGUCGGAAAAUCCAACAUAUCAGCAGAUCGGAAACAGAGUUCAAGAAAUUCUCCAUGAGCAGAAUUUAAACACGAAUGAUAAUACGGCAAGUGUUAACAGUAUGGGUAAACAGUUUAACGUCCCUCAUGUAACUGAAAGUGAUACGAGGAAAAGUAAAUUUGGUGAAAAGAGUGUAAAUGACCGGCAAAGUAAUGAAGCGCUGAACUUGAAAAAAGAGAAUAUUGAAAACUGGAAUGUUCAGAGAGGUACAAAAAUAGACUCGUAUGAUGGGUAUAAUGCUUUCCCAGUUAAAGUCAAUACAGUUAAAUAUGUUUCGGUUCUUGCCGAGAGGAGACAGGAGUGCAGUUCUAGAAACUCUGGUGCAUCCGGUAACACUGGUAAAUCUACAUAUGAGUGCCAUAUUUGUAAAACAGUUUUACGUACAAAACCUGAACUGGAUAAUCAUAUGGGUAUCCACACAGGCUUGAGGCCGCACGUGUGUAAUACUUGUGGAAGGGCUUUCAAGAAGAGCAAAGGUUUAAGAACUCACGAAAAACUUCAUUUAGAACCUUCUUUUUAAAAAUUCACUAGUGUAAAAGCCAUUUGUAUUUGUUAGGUUUUGUUUACCUUUGUUUAUGGUAACACAAUCUACCCAUGAAAAUCCCUGUGACCAAACAUUGCUUUCUGGCCAGUCAGACGAAAAAAAAUUUCACCUAUAUGAUUUUAUGCAAAGAAAAUUCCCUACCUAACCAUACAAAAAAACUUCGGGUUGUUUUACCACAAACAAACAAUUUUUUAAUUACGGCCUGAAAUGAAAAAGUAAUGUUGCGGAUACAUGAGAAAAUACAUUUUAUAGUCCUUUUGUUACUACAUGUAUUUUGAACUGUUUUGUGUUCAAAAUAGGCAUUUAUGACUCUAGAUAGUCUUAAAAGUAAAUAAGUAUGCAAAAGUUGUAUUCAAAGAUCUCAUUUUUUUUCAGUGACUUCUGAACUUUUUUUUUUUUAAAUCAUCAGACUUGGUUACAAACCAGCUGCUUUUAUCCAAACUGUUAAGUUAUAUAUUUUUUAUUUUGCAUCAUAAUAUAAAGGGUUAAACAUGCUUCAUCUCAUUUCACAGACUGAAAAUUGUUGAUAUAAAUUUGCAGACAAGAUGCUCUAGUAUUUUUUUUAUAGUCUAGACAGCUGACAGGGUUCACUUAAACCAUAUUUGGCUGGCACAGUUCGAAA